AUGACAAAGGGCGGGAGCGUGCCCACCCAGCAGCUCCCGGAAGCCUGCUGCCGGGUCCGCGGCGAGGCCCGUCCCGUCUGUGUCCAGCCCUCCUCUCCUUCCUCGCUUGUCUGCCUCAUGCUUUUCAAGCUUCAGAUGGCGGUUUGGUUCCGAGAACACUCUUCUCCAGGGAAACCCGCAGCUGUCCGCCAGCGAUGGGGCUUUGCUCCAGGAGGAGGUGGGGGGAACCCCGGAAAAGCAGGACGAGCAUCCACGUUCAUGUGGCCCCGGCGAGCCUCCGGGAGCCCUCCACUCCCAGCCCCGCCCCGGGAGCUGCGGGAACCUUGUGGGCGCGUCCUUAGGCCGGUCCAGCAGGACUGGGAGGGCCUCCGGUCUCCAGUCAGCUCCUGCCAGAGCCCUGCCCGAUGCUGA